GUUUUCGAUUUGUUAUAGAACGGAACGAACGCACAAUAGGGUAUUAGGAUUGCACAUUUCGGUCGUCGUUUGUAUUUCCUUAACAGUGAAGACACAUCGUGAAUGUAAAUUGUUGAGUGCAACGGUUUUUCGUUUCCUUUAACAAAAAGUGCGAUUAUAACACAGUGAGAUAGAGUGUAUGGAACGAGAUUAUUUUCCGUUCAAAUAAAGGCCGGCAAUUAGAAAAUUCUUGAAGCGGAUAAAAAUAGGGAUAAACCAAACUUACAUUUGAUAAGCGUUAAGUUUUUUUUUCUAUUUUUACACGACUAACAAAAAUAAAAGUAACGCCAAAAAAGAAGAAGAAACAAAAUUAGCGAAUAAUCAAAUUUUUAAACAAAUCGCGAAAAAGUUUUUAAACGUAGUGAAAUUAGAGAACCAAAAAAAAAGAUUAGACCAAAGAAUUUGUUCCACAAAAACAACGUGAAAUUUUUGAAAAAAUGGGUGGUUGUGCAUCAAAAGAUAAAAAGGAUAAAACAGUUGAAGAAGAUGGUACAGCUGGCGGUAUCGAAGGCAAUAAAUCCGAAGCCAUGGUUGAUGCUGCUGUUUUGGAAAAAUUGGAAGCUGGUUUCACCAAGCUUGCCGCCUCCGACUCAAAGUCAUUGUUGAAGAAGCACUUGUCACGCGAAGUCUUCGAUAAGCUUAAGAACAAGAAGACCUCCUUUGGAUCAACUUUGUUGGACUGCAUCCAAUCGGGUAUUGAAAACUUGGACUCUGGAUUCGGUAUCUAUGCCCCAGAUGCUGAAGCCUACACAGUUUUCGCUGACAUUUUCGAUCCAAUGAUCGAAGACUAUCAUGGUUUCGCUAAAGAUGCCAAGCAUCCACCACGUGACUUCGGUGAUAUCAACUCAUUCCCCAAUGUUGACCCAACUGGUGAAUAUGUUGUAUCGACCCGUGUCCGUUGCGGUCGCUCAAUGGAAGGUUACUCAUUCAACCCAUGCUUGACCGAAGCCCAAUACAAAGAAAUGGAGGAAAAAGUUAGCUCAACAUUGAGCGGUUUGGAAGGUGGAUUGAAAGGCAAAUACUAUCCAUUGACCGGAAUGACCAAGGAAGUUCAACAACAAUUGAUCGAUGACCAUUUCUUGUUCAAGGAAGGUGAUCGCUUCUUGCAAGCCGCUAACGCAUGCCGUUUCUGGCCAACUGGUCGUGGUAUCUAUCACAAUGACGAAAAAACCUUCUUGGUCUGGUGCAACGAAGAAGAUCAUUUGCGUAUCAUUUCCAUGCAAAAAGGUGGUGACUUGGGUGAAGUCUACCGUCGUUUGGUGAACGCUGUCAACGACAUCGAAAAGCGCAUCCCAUUCUCACAUCACGAACGUCUUGGUUUCCUCACCUUCUGUCCAACCAACUUGGGAACUACCAUCCGUGCUUCAGUGCACAUUAAAGUACCAAAAUUGGCCAAGGACUACGCCAAGUUGGAAGAAGUUGCCGGCAAAUACAAUUUGCAAGUUCGUGGUACAUCUGGUGAACAUUCAGAAUCGAUUGGAGGAAUCUACGAUAUCUCCAACAAGCGUCGUUUGGGCUUGACUGAAUACCAAGCCGUCAAGGAAAUGUCAGAUGGUAUCCUUGAGCUCAUCAAGAUCGAAGCUAGCUUGUAAAUGGCUUGAGACUUCCCACCAACCGCGCCCAAGAGUUCGAUUGAUUCGAAUUGUUUUUAUUUUCACACUCAACAAUUAGCUAAUUGGCAAUAAAUGAAUUAAAAAAAACAACAACAACAACAGCAGCAAAUAAAAUAAAACCAAACUACACACUAACAACCACUUGUAGUUUAAAUAAUAAAAUACACGGAAUGGCAGCCAAAAGCAUCGCUUUUUGAGCAUCGAACAAUUUAUUAUUAUUAUCUCUUAUAAUUUAUGCUUUAAAAAGAUGAAUAAAAAGAACUCUAUCUAAUAAUGAAAAACCAACAAAACAUACAACCAAAAUCAAAAUUUGAAUGUAACACUGUAUUCGUUUUAUUUUGAUGGACUUAAAAACUACAAAUUCAAAUGGAACAUGAACAGCAUUACCAAAAAAAAGUGAAUUAAUUAAUAAAGUAAAAAAAAACACAUUUAUUUAAAAUCAA